ACUACUGUUCACACUGCAGAUAGUGUGUGUGUGUGUGUGUGUGUGUGUGUAAAGGAGGAGGAGUAGGAGAAAUCAGCACCAGAAGAGAGAGAAGAUCAGGGGAAGAAGUGGUGGUCGUGCUCCUCCUCCUCCUCCUCCCUCCUCCGUCCUUUACGCCACUACUCGUUCUUUUCACCCGGCCCAGGAGCUCGUUUCAGCGGCUGCGCAGUGCUGCUGAUCCGCGGUAAGGAGAGAGGAGCCAUGGGGGGCGAGAGAGCGCCGGUGGCACCGCAGCAGCAGCAGCAGCAGCUUCAGUUCUUCUCCUCAGCUUCAGAAUAAACCAGCUGGACCUGGAGGAACCUCGUGGAGAACUGGAGGGGUAGUGUGUAAGGAAAGUCUGGGUGUUAGAAAGACUUUUCUCCUUCUUCUUCUUAUUUUUCACCUGUAGCCAGUUAGUUCUAUCUGAGGAGGAUCCCAAAAACUGGAAUACAUGAUGAAAUUUAAGCCAAACCAGACAAGGACGUACGAUGGGGAGGGCUUCAAGAAACGGGCGGCAUGCCUGUGCUUCAAGAACGACAGGGAAGACGAGGUGCUGCUUGUGAGCAGCAGUCGGCACCCAGACCAGUGGAUUGUUCCAGGAGGGGGAAUGGAGCCAGAGGAGGAGCCAUGUGGAGCUGCUGUGAGAGAAGUCUAUGAAGAGGCUGGUGUAAGGGGCACGCUUGGCAGGCUCCUGGGGGUUUUUGAGCAGAACCAGGACAGCAAGCAUCGAACCUAUGUGUAUGUGCUUACAGUAACAGAGACACUGGAGGACUGGGAAGACUCUGUUAACAUUGGUCGUAAAAGAAAGUGGUUUAAGAUUGACGAGGCUAUCCGGGUGCUGCAGUGCCACAAGCCAGUCCACGCGGAAUACCUCCGCAGACUCACCCCUCGCUGUGGCCCCACCAAUGGCAACAGUCAGGAGCCCACAGCCCUGGACAACAACGCCCCCCUCCACCAAAGCACCUCACAGGACUGCACAGGUCUGCCCCGCUUACACAGAUAGAACUGCCAACAGGGGGCAGCUGUGCACCACACACAGGAAUUUCUCUUUGGACUGGAAAAAGACUCUUUUUGCAUGUAUUGUUUCCAUGUUUACUAUUUGAGAAAUGUUUUUUAAAUCGUUGAGAAAUCAGAGGAGAGCCUGCCUCUGACUUUUGCCUCAAGCUUGUAGUGUGUAUAGAUUUUCAUUUUUCUGCAAGACAGUUUGACACAGCCAAACAAGAGGAUGUUGGAAUUGAGCUGAAAGUGAAAGCUACAGUGACACUGGUGGACAUUUCGGAUCGUGAUCUGUGGAUGGAAUUACGAAGAGGUAAAGAGAAAGAGCUGAGAUGACUGCUGGAUUUAUAGUGUUAUUUAUUCAUGGUUUGAGUGGUGGUUUAAAAAAAUGAAUCUUUAGAUAAGAACAGGAUAAUAAAGAUGUGCAAAAAAAUACUUGAUGUACAAAUUCACAACCAAAUUGCCAAAAAAUGAUUUUUUUUUUAAGCUAUUUUCUUCCGAAAAAUUCUGAAAGUUCAUUAUUAUUUGACUGAGCUUGGUGCCUUUAAAAGCAGUCAACACUCUUACGCAUCCUCAAGUUCACUGGGAUGUGCCUCUGAUUGCUUUAGAAGACUUUAGUGCUAUUUUUUGCCUAUGUUCUAAAUCUAAAAUGCUGUAAGUUGUUUUCACGGGUUGAUCUUAAAUGUGAACUCAACCUAUUAAACAGCUGUUUAUUAACUGCU